GGCGGAUUCCAGGCGCCGAAUGGUCCGUAUCCAGGGCCGGACGUGGCGAUUGGGCGCCGGCGCUGUCAUCAUUGAAGCGGGGCGGGGCUCCCAGAGGGGCCAAGGCCCUGGGGUCGCGAGUGCUGAGGCGGCGUCAUGUCCUCCGACGUGGCCGCGCGCCGCGACGCCAAGAAGCUGGUGCGCUCCCCCAGCGGUCUGCGCAUGGUGCCCGAGCACCGCGCCUUCAGCAGCCCCUUCGGCCUGGAGGAGCCUCAGUGGGUCCCGGACAAGGAGUGCCCAAGGUGUAUGCACUGCAGCGCCAAGUUUGACUUUCUCACCAGAAAGCACCACUGUCGCCGGUGUGGCAAGUGCUUCUGUGACAAGUGCUGCAGCCAGAAGGUGCCGCUGCGGCGCAUGUGCUUCGUGGACCCAGUGAGGCAGUGUGCCCAGUGCUCCCUGGUGUCCCUCAAGGAGGCGGGGUUCUAUGACAAGCAGCUUGGGGUGCUCCUAGGUGGAGCCACUUUCCUUGUAACUUUUGGGAGCUCAGAGAAGUCGGAAACCAUGGUUUGUCGCCUUUCCAACAACCAGAGGUACUUGCUUCUGGAAGGGGACAGCCUCCAUGAGAUUGAAAUUGCACACAUUUCAACUGUGCAGAUUCUGACGGAAAGCUGCCCUCCUGGAGGUACAAAAGACAUUCACACUUACAACAGCCUCCUGGGGAGCCAGCCUGUCUCUCAAGGAGGCAACGCACGGGCCACAGGUAUGUCCCUGCAGUACACAGUGCCAGGGACAGAGAGCGUGACCCAGCUGAAGCUGACAGCUGGGGAGGAUGCAAAUGCCAGCAGGAGGCAGUCAAUAGCCUGGCUAGUGGCCAUGCACAAGGCCGCCAAGCUCCUCUAUGAAUCUCGGGACCAGUAACUCCACGGGGAUGAACAAUCAGCGUGGAGCAGCAGAGCCUGCUGUGUGCACACGGGCGACUAACCCUACACCUGGUGGGAAAUGCAAUUCAAAUACUGGAGGAACAGAAGUGUUCGCUUACCUAGUGCAAUACAUAUAGUCAUUAAUGCUCGGAACAGCCUCAUGCUUUAGAAUUCGUGUAUUAUCUUGUUGAUACUUAAUUGGGGAUGGGAGAAACUGAGCUACACUACUGCUAAGCCAUUUUUAGCAUGAUCUGUACUGGGAUUUUACGAGUGCCCAGGUUUACUAGAAGGUUCUGGCCUUUCUAUUCAUUUCAUGAGCUCCUCCGCAGGAGACGUGGGUGGUAGUAACUCAGGCCGAUGUGGCCUGAGCCCGACCCCAGCUGAGACUGCUGUCUCCCCGCGGCACUAACUGGGCUGUGAACACACGCUUGAUCCUCCACUGACGGGGAGGAGCCAGCCUUGUGUUUUGUACUUUUUACUUACUGUUUCACUUUACUAAAAUAAUUGUACAAUUUGUAUAUAAAGCUUAUGAUUAAAACCUAUUUUGAAAAUAUG